GAGUUGAAUUCAACGUCUUAGGAUGAAUGUGCGACGGAUUCCCGGUUUUAUCUAUCACUACAAGAUCCAUGCAAGCUCGAUUUUAGGAAUGAUUGCAAUUAUUCUCUGGCUACUGCAUCACUGGGGUAUUAUCUGCACAAAUUUGGAAGCGCGAGGACACGUUGCCAGGGUGUGCGCUGAUCAUGUAGAAGGACCAGCCCUUGGGGUUCUCUGCAAACCGUUGUGUUCAGAUCACACUAUCCAUUCGCUGGCCUGCGAAAGUUUGCAUUCAGGGAAGGAAGCGGUUUUCUCAGCGAACUGGGAAGACACCAGAGUAGUCUUCAAAGCAGCCAAAUUACUGACAUCAAUUGAGCCCUACGAGUCCCUCCAUUGGUUUGACGCCCUGGGGUAUAAGCACUAUCCCACGGAAUUGGAAUUUGACAAGAUGAUCGGUGACCUGGUGUUCAAUAAACUGAAUAUAACCCUGAAUAAACGUCAGGUGGAACGCCUGAGUCGGCUAAGGCCAGGACACCUGGAGAUCGACGAGGAGAAGCGACAAUUUGAGAUGGAGAACGUAUGGGCUUUGCUCCAGGAGAACGAGUACCUCAUCUCGAUCCUCUACGAGGAGAGGGACCUCUUCCCAAGGCUUAUCGGUACUUGCGGUAAUUUUUACUCGGUGGAGUACGUGAGACCCUUAGAAAAACCAACGACAGCUUUUGCCAGGGAAAAUUCACCCAGCGACUGGGGAGAAAGGCUCAAGAUAGCUGUGAUGAUCAUGGACCUUGUGGACGAUCUCGAGAGCAAUUUUCCAGAGCCUUUCUCCCUCUGUGAUGUUAAGAUCAAUCAUUUUGGUCUUUCUUUCGGGGACUCCAGGCUGAAGUACCUCGAUCUACAGGCAGUUUUUCCAAAGAGCAUUGCAACUAGACUCACUGCUGAUGGAAGGAAAUGCCGAAAACACCAAGACUGCGAUUAUUUUGAUUGCAGAUCUGUUUGUUCCGGCUUAAAACGCUGUGAGGCACCUGUGAUUAAUGAUAACUUACAAAUAAUCUGUGAGAAAAUAUUCCUGGGCUGGACCUUAUCAGGCACCAUAAUAAUUCCGGGACUGCUGAUGUCCCGCAGAACUCCAGCAAGUCUAGCAGUUCUUCUUCGACAGUGUGCAAACCCCCAUGGAGACACUGUUCACCUGCCUAGGGCGUCUGUGCCAGCAGAUAUUAGGAGUCGCCUUUACGAUAUGCUCACUGAAAUGGAACGACAAUAUUCCAAUUCUUCCUAGGCGUCGCACACAUUCUCUCAAAAUAGAAAUCAGUAAUCGAUAAUUAGGAUAGGAUAAUCAGGGCCUUACUAGUCACUAGGAGUUUAUCAACUCGUUUAUUGCCUAAUCUCAGCUAAUUCGAGAUUUUUCAAGCUUUAAUGAUGUUAUCUAGGUGAUUAAUUAAGUAAUCAGAGUAUCCAUUAUAUUAUAAUGAUAUUGAUAAUAAUUUUCUUAUAUUAGGGGUAAUAAAUUUCUUUUAAUGAUUGAUCUACUGACUUUUUCAUAUAUGAAUGUUAAUCAAUGGGUCCCAAAUUUAUUAGUGAAUAUCGUGAUUCAAUUAAUUCAUCGAGGCAAUUAUUUCUUUAAAUCAUUUAAAAAAUAAUUUCCAAGUCCUUUAGUUUAAAAAAAAAGCACAUGGAAUGGAAAGUGUAAUGGACGGUGAGCCAAAGGAUGCAUUCUCAUGUGAAAGGUUCACAUGACAUCUCCAAAACGUUCAAAAAAUAUCUCAGAUCAUAGAUAUCGCAGAGGAUUUAUCUAAGGAAGUGAUUAAUAAUAAAACUCAUAAAACAUUCGCAAAUACAUUUGACAACGAGAAUUUCAUCAACAUAGCCGGCGCUAGUAACGACAAAAAAUUGACCUUUGAAAUGAUCUCUACUGUUUCCACCAGUAACGCCACAGUCGCUCGAAUUUUUCGUUAACUUUGCCAUCUUUGAGGAUCGACAUCGCCCACGGGAUCCACUGGUGUUUCGCUAUCAGAGAACAUCUGAUUCGAAAAAGGGCAUCUCCAAUUAAUUUUUAUGCAACCACCAUCGCAAUUGUCCAAUAUGGACUGGGGAAAUUGGGGUAAAUAUCCCCAA